CCAUGGAAUGCAACGACGACGGAAUCACCGCCCGCUCCACCAACCAUCACGGCCAUCCAGAGACCCAGCAUCCAGCCGCCAAAGCCAAGCCAGGUAUGGUCGGGCCCUUCCGCGACACCUGGCGUCGUCCCGACAAGUGUGCCACCCACGUCUGUUUCGCCGCCACGACCGUCGUCACCACCGCCAACGGUUGCCCCGACGGUGCCGCCACGACCAACCACCCGACGGCAACCGACAGCUCCACCGACACCAAAGCCUUUGGCAACGCCUCGCCCAACGUCACCGCCGCCAACGGUUGCUCCGUCGGUAGCACCGCGACCAACCACCCGACGCCAGCCGACGGCAACACCGUCGCCGACGGCCCCAUUACGGCGAUCGACCGUUACUAUGCCAACAUCUACGCCUCGCCCUUUGCCUUCGUGGCCAACACGAAAUGGACCUACACAGUCGACACGGGGGCGCUCGCCGUCGGGAGCAAUGGCCAGUGCCUCGCCGCCCAGCGCGCGUCGGACGGACGCUAUCUUGUGCAAACGCUCGCGUGCGACGCGGAGCAUAGCAACCAAGCAUGGCGCAUUGACUUUCGAACGUAUCGCAUCGUCCAUCGGAACAUGUUGGGUCUCUGCUUGGACUGCGCCGGCGCGGGUGUGACGCUCUCACCGUGCAACACGGGCACGACGACGCAGUGGGUUCGUCUCGCGGCGCCCAGUGAGUUCUAUGACCGCACCGACUUUGCGAACCAAGACGUCGCAUCGAUGCGAGCGAGUGCCGCCAUCGACUGUGUCGGCAAGUGCGGUGCGAUGGACACGUGUGCGGCCGUCGUGUGGACAAGUACACCCACCGGUGGGAUGUGCUGGCUCAAGUCAGGCCGUCGGUCGCCCAUCGCAAACAACGGGGCAACCGCAGUGGCAUUGACACCGCCGUCGCUGGCCGUGUGCCAACGACUGACGCUCGAUGUCGGCGUCGACUAUGUCGGGUACGACGUCGGCUCUGUCAAGGCGGACGCACCGUCCGACUGUUGCGCGCCGUGCACUGCCAUGGCCAACUGCAACGCAUUCAGCUGGGCGGACCGCACAUGCUACCUCAAGAACGCGCGCAUGGUAACGACGGCCAAUGCGGCGGUGACGUCCGCUCGUGUCCGCAAGUGCUCGGCGCUGCAAGACAACGUCGAUUGGAUCGGGUUUGAUAUCGGGUCGGCGGCGGCGGUGGCGGCUGAGGAUUGUUGCAGCCUGUGUCGAAACAACUGGAGCUGCCAAGCCUAUGUGUGGAGCAACGUCAACGGCGGCACGUGCUGGUUCAAGUCGGCGCGCGGCGCAGCCCAGACAAAGCUCGGUGUCCGCUCGUCGCUCGUGCUCUUUUGAAUGCAUCGAGCUCUUUCCACAUCGUACAAAUCGUCAUCGUAAGCUCAGUCCAAGUAUCUUUCUGUAGUCCC